AUGAUCGUGCACCAGCGGCACUGGCCGCGCAGCACUGCGCCGUGCGCCCGCCGCGUGCCUCUGAGCCGGCGGCUGGCACAGGCGCUGGGGAAAGAGACGCGCUUGCCUGGCCCUGGCACUGCUCCGUGCGUCGGCAAGUCCUGUCAACGUUACCUGGACAACACCUCUUACCUCGACCCCCUGCCCUCUCCAUCCAUCAUGUCACUACCCGUGUUUGUCCUCACUCAUCUGGAUUCCAGAAACAGCCCCUUAAAGCGCAUCCGGCAGUACAAGAUUGACACCAACCCCACACGGCACGUGUACACGGGGGGCAAGGGCUACGUCAAGGUCUGGGACAUCAGCCACCCCGGCAACAAGAGCCCUGUCCCUCAGCUCGACUGUCUGAACAGGGAUAACUACAUCCGUUCCUGCAAAUUGCUCCCUGAUGGCUGCACUCUCAUUGUGGGAGGGGAAGCCAGUACUCUGUCCAUUUGGGACCUGGCGGUUCCCACUCCACACACCAAAGCAGAGCUGACGUCCUCAGCCCCCGCCUGCUAUGCCCUGGCCAUCAGCCCCGACUCCAAGGUCUGUUUCUCAUGCUGCAGCGACGGCAACAUCGCCGCGUGGGACCUGCACAACCAGACGCUGGUGAGGCAAUUCCCGGGCCACACGGACAGGGCCAGCUGUAUUGACAUUUCUAACGAUGGCACCAAGCUCUGGACGGGCGGCUUGGACAACACUGUCCGGUCCUGGGACCUGCGCGAGGGGCGGCAGCUGCAACAGCACGACUUCACCUCCCAGAUAUUCUCCCUUGGUUAUUGCCCAACUGGGGAGUGGCUGGCCGUAGGCAUGGAGAGCAGCAACGUGGAGGUCCUCCACGUGAACAAACCCGACAAGUACCAGCUGCAUCUCCACGAGAGCUGUGUGCUGUCCCUAAAAUUUGCUUAUUGUGGUAAAUGGUUUGUGAGUACUGGAAAAGACAACCUCCUCAAUGCCUGGCGGACCCCCUAUGGAGCUAGUAUAUUCCAGUCCAAAGAGUCCUCGUCUGUGCUCAGCUGUGACAUCUCUGUGGAUGACAAGUACAUAGUCACUGGCUCAGGGGACAAGAAGGCUACAGUCUAUGAGGUCAUCUACUGAAAACAUUAUGUGGUUUAAUGUUUAUAGUUGAAUUGGGCCAAAAUGUUUUGAAUGUGUAGAAACAGAAAAGUUGUAACUUUAAAAACAAAAACCUGUUUCUAAAUCUUGACACAAAACUACUUUGCGUCUACAAAGAGGAGGCGACGAGCACAUCAACAGAAGGUCACUUAUCUACCUAGACCAAAUGGAGCACUGAGGCAGAGUGGACAGAGGGGUGAGG